AUGGGUAUCUCUCGGGACUCGCGCCACAAGCGCUCGCACACCGGUGCCAAGCGGGCCUUCUACCGGAAGAAGAGAGCCUUCGAGCUGGGCCGCCAGCCCGCGAACACCCGUAUCGGUCCCAAGCGCAUUCACAUCGUCCGCACCCGCGGUGGCAACCACAAGUACCGUGCUCUGCGUCUCGACUCGGGCAACUUUGCCUGGGGCUCUGAGGGCUGCACCCGCAAGACCCGUAUCAUCGGUGUCGUCUACCAUCCCUCGAACAACGAGCUGGUCCGCACCAACACCCUGACCAAGUCGGCCGUCGUUCAGAUCGAUGCCGCUCCUUUCCGUCAGUGGUACGAGGCUCAUUACGGCCAGCCCCUCGGCCGCCGUCGCCAGCAGAAGCAGGGCCAGGUUGUUGAGGAGGUGAAGAAGAGCAAGUCCGUUGAGAAGAAGCAGGCUGCCCGCUUCGCCGCCCACGGCAAGGUCGACCCUGCCCUCGAAAAGCAGUUCGAGGCUGGCCGUCUCUACGCCAUCAUCUCCAGCCGCCCCGGCCAGUCCGGCCGUGCUGACGGUUACAUCCUGGAGGGUGAGGAGCUUGCCUUCUACCAGCGUAAGCUGCACAAGUAA